GAAGCGAGGCCCUCUAGGCAGUGAGGCCGGUACCCGGCCGGGAUGUGCGAAUCGGAGGAAGGCGGCGGCUGCGGCGGCGGAGGGCGGCCGGCCAGGGCCCCGCGUGGCGGCCGCCCUCUAAAGUGCAUGAAGUGCAAAGAGGGACCUCCAGUGCUGAUUAUCCGUGUUGGAGAUGCUUUUUGCAAGGCAUGUUUCAAGGAUUACUUUGUCCACAAGUUCCGUGCCCUGCUUGGGAAGAAUCGCUGCAUUUUCCCCGGAGAGAAGGUUCUCCUUGCAUUUUCUGGUGGACCUGCCUCCAGUGCCAUGGUGCGGCAAGUCCAAGAGGGCCUGAGUCGGGAAGCAGCCAAGAAGCUCCGCUUCAAGCCCGGCAUCCUCUUCGUUGAUGAGGGAGGCGUGUGUGGACAGGGCCUGGAGAAGAGAGGAGAGGUGCGCAGUCAGCUGGAGAGGAUCCUGCGAGCCACAGGGUUUCCCUACCACUUGGUGAACUUGGAGGAGGUGUUUGGCCUUCCUGGUUCCAUCUUGCGUGCAGUUUCUCACAGUGCCACAGACCACAGCCAGAGCUACAAGGAAGCUGUGGAUGGUUUCAUACAGCAGCAGGAGCUGCUGCAGUGUGAGAGGACUGGGGGCCCCGGGGAGUCUCUGCCAGGCCGGCUGGCAGAGCUUAGCAUACAAGACCCUUCUGAGAAGGAGACAGCGGAAGUCCCCGGGCCUCUGUCCAUAUCACACACUGCAGAACUGACUCGCCUCUUCGGAGCGGUGAAGACACUGACUGCCAGAGAGGAGCUCCUGCAAACCCUCCGGAACCACCUGAUCCUACAUGUGGCCCGGACAAGCGGCUACACCAAAGUUAUGAUGGGGGACAGUUGUACCCGCGUGGCUGUCAAACUGCUGACCAACCUCUGCCUGGGCCGGGGGGCCUUCCUUGCCGGAGACACGGGCUUUUCGGAUGGCCGCCAUGGCGAUGUGCUCGUGUUGCGGCCUAUGCGGGAGUAUUCCGCCAAAGAGAUCGCCUUCUACAACCGCCUCUUUGGGGUGCCUGCCAUUUUCACACCCGCUCUGGCUACCAAAGCCCCUGACCGAGCCAGUAUUCACCGCUUGAUCGAAAGCUUCCUCUGUAAGCUGCAGUCGGAUUUCCCCUCCACCGUCAGCACUGUCUACCGGACAGGUGAGAAACUCGGGGCGGCCCCUGGAGAUGACGACUCUGACGGAGCCACAGAACCCGAGCGCUGCCUCCUGUGCCUCUGCACCCUCGAUACCAACGUCGUUGACGGCUCCUCCUUGCAGUCCACGCUGCUGUCGGAAGAGCUGUGCCAGAAGCCACCACUGUCAGCUGGAAGCAGCUGCUGCGAAGAUGCGCCCACCCAGACAGGCUGCUGCAAGGCCCCUCCAGUGGCAGGCGCCAUUCCACCCCAGGUCUGGCUUCUCCCACUGCUGUGCUACAGCUGCCGGCUGACCAUCAAAGACAUGAGCUGCCUGGAGCCUCUCCCACCGUACAUCCACUCCGAGGCUGAACGCCGGCGACGCAGCAGGGCUGCAAUGAAGCAAGAAAUCCAGGAGUUCCUGCUUGAAGAUGACGAAGCCCCUCCUGCGAGCUGACAGCCCAAAUAAAGUCCAGCACUGACUCCGCUUGUGGAUUCCCCAGCUCUUUCCCUGCUAGGAGCUUUCCCAGCUCGGGGCUUUCCAUUUCUCUCUGUGUUUUGACAACUUGUUUCUAAAACGAGCUAGUAUAAUCAGUUACUCUUUCUGGGGAUCGAAGGUGUUUGUAUCUGCGUACCUCGUUUUAUGUGAUUUUUAUUGUAUUUAAAUAAUUUUUAAAAAAUAUAUAUAUAUUAGUUUGAA